AUGAAGUUCAUCCUCCCCGCCGUUCUCUUCCUCGCCUCUGCCGUCUCCGCGCAGAAUGUCGUCCUCGACUACAGCGACGGUAUCCCGCUGUGCUGCACCACCCACGACCUCGUCUCCGAGGCCGAAGACGAAGUCAUUCAGCAGGUGACCAGCGCUUUCGAGAGUGACGGCGGUGGUGCCUGGGAUCUUGGUGAGGCCAUUGCGGGUGAAUGCCAGACUGCAUUCCCCACUGGCUUCGCUGGUGGCAACCGCACCGACUGCCCCGAGGACCUGACUGCCAUCUGGUGCAAGAAGCACGCUCCCUGGACCUUGACCAUCAACGGUACCUCGACCCCCCGUGAUGCCCACGGCCAGUGCCACUACUAG